CGAGUUUCAGUAUUGAAAUCCUAGCAGAAUAUCACAUUUAUAGGGAGCACUGCAUAGCUUAUAAGCUUGUAAGAGAUGGCUUCCUCUAUGAUCUCAUCGGCAGCCGUUGCCACCGUCAACCGCACCCCGGCACAAGCCAACAUGGUGGCACCAUUCAAUGGUCUCAAGUCUGCCGCAGCUUUCCCAGUCAGUACCAGAAAGGCUAAUGACAUUACUUCCAUUGCAAGCAAUGGUGGACGAGUUCAAUGCAUGCAGGUGUGGCCACCAACUGGAUUGAAGAAGUUCGAGACUCUUUCUUACCUUCCAGAUCUCACGGAGGCGGAAUUGGCCAAGGAAAUUGAUUACCUUCUUCGCUCGAAGUGGGUUCCUUGCUUGGAAUUCGAGUUGGAGAAAGGUUGGGUCUACCGUGAGAACCACAGGUCACCAGGGUACUAUGAUGGACGCUACUGGACUAUGUGGAAGCUACCCAUGUUUGGAUGCACUGAGGCAUCUCAAGUGUUGGUUGAGCUUCAGGAGGCAAAGAAAGCUUACCCUAACGCCUUUAUCCGUAUAAUCGGAUUCGACAACGUACGUCAAGUGCAGUGCAUCAGCUUUAUCGCCGCCAAGCCACAAGCUGCCUAAGUCCCAAAACUUGAUGUCUCCCUAGCUAUAUCUGUUAGGGGUGGUUUGUUUAAAUUGUACUUAGACCUUGGCAAAAUGCCUCUUCCUUUUUUUAUUGGGUUUUUGGAGAUGAAUAUUCUACUUUGUUUUUGUUUUUAGCUUCUGGAUUCGGUUGCUGAAACGGGCGAGAAUUGUUGAAUGAAAAGUAGAUUAUUUUUAAAUCCG